AUGUCACUUGGUCAACUUACCAUCAACAUCAAUGUCCACAAGUCUGGUACCACCUGUCACGGCUCACUGCAGGACCAAACCAUUGAAAGAACCCACCGUCCAGUGUCUAUUACCAGAAACUGGCCAAAGCCGCAUUCGCCCAUAACAUACGUGAUAAUGAACAGCGUCCAGUUUACUGACACCCAGAAGAAAAAAUUUGAAAUCAAAAAACGAGUUCAGGCCUUGCUUCCCGCUGAACUUGCUAGUUCUUUUGCUGCUUCCCAUACUGUGCCUUCACUUCCUGAAGAACAGCAUCUCCAUUCCUCUUCUUUCCGUAUAGCUUUUUGGGACACCCAAGCCCAAAACAUGGUUGCCAAACUAUCUGGUGUACCUGUUUCUACACCUCCUUCUCCCGACUCUCUGGUCCACAUACCUGUUCCCAGCUCUUUGCCCAUGAGUACUCCUCCUGCUCCAGUCAACCUUGCUGCUCCUGCUGCCCUGGCUGCCAUGACCAUGCCCAAGUUAAUUGCGGCUUUUACUGCUGCUCUCUGUAGCUCUCAGCUACCUGCUGCUUAUACUGCCCUGAACCCUGUUCCUGCUCCAGUAUCUUUGCCUCCCUUGGUACAGAUAGAACGGCCAGAUUUUUAUCAUGGGGCCUGCUCUGCCAAUGCAAUCGAUGGUUGGGUUUGUUCUGUAGAACGUUUUGCUGAGCUCCACCGCAUGGAUUAUGACAGCUGGACAUCAUAUGCCAUAACUUUGCUUCGUGAUGGUGCUGACGUCUGGUGGCAUCGUCUGGAAGAUAAUGAUCGCAUUUGCUCUCUGCACCAGACUGGUUCUGUUGAAUCAUAUAUUGACACUUUUCAAGAUCUACGUAUGGAUAUUCCAUCCAUGACUGAGGACGAGGCUCUAGAGAGAUUUGUUAGUGUCCGCUUCUGGGAACUCUUGGACCUUGCCGAAGCCGCCCGCACUGCUCUAGCUUUUGAGAAUAGCCACUGCCCUGUCCCCACUUUCCGCCCAGAGGUUGUUCUGCAGUAUGUUUGCAAUAAUGGUCCCACCCCUAUGGACCUUGACGCUAUGGAGUGGAGAGGGUUGAUGCGGACCAACUACCAGGGAUGCUCAGGCCAGCGCAGUAACCAAAGCUCUGCCAGCCGUUCCAACGUGAGACCACACCAACAAGGAGGUAGAGAUAACCGCAAGUGUUUCUGGUGUGGCCAGAUUGGACACCUUCGCCAUUUCUGUUCAGAAUGUACUGCUGCCAUCUGCCAGUUAGACGAAGGAUGA